AUGUCAGCUUAUACCUUAUCACCGUAUUUCAGAAUUGAUCAAACCAAGUACGGAGGCAGAGGUGCAUUUGCCAAUACUGAAAACGGGCACUCAAUCCCUGAAGGAACAAUAGUGUUGAGGGUUCCAAGACCUUUGAGCAGCUCAAUUCAGCGAGAGUUUCGUAAAGAAGUUUGUCAGCAUUGUUUCACUUUCCAAAACGGUAAGAACUUAAAGACAAGACUUACGGUUCCACUGAUAAGCAAAACGAUAUCGUUGUACUUUUGUUCUUCCGCCUGUCUUAAAGAGUUCCAGAAUUACGACGACUUGGGACUUUUAACAAGCAUCUUGUUGGAGAUAGAAAGGCAUUAUUCCAGUACUACGAGAGAAUACGAGACUACUGAAGUAAAGUCAAAUUUGACACAAGUAUGGGGUCAACUUAACAAAUGGUCAGAAACUUUGGCCAGAAUGAAGCCAUCAAAAAGAUUGGCUGAAACUCCAGUUAUAACUAAUGAUGAAUACAGUGAUCUAAAGUACACUGCAACAACCAUCUUUGCAUUAUUUAAGUAUCAAAAAAAAAUAGGAAUAUUAUCACCACAAACAAGCCAUCAGUAUAUCCUGGAAAUGAAUGAACUAGAACAUAUGAGAUUGGAAUUGGGAAUCUUUGAAACGUUGCAAAGCAAUAUCACGGAAAAGACACAAAGGUAUCCAUAUUUAAGUACGGUUUAUGGGAAUAUCUUUAAGUUUCUUAAAAUCCAUGCUCCCAACCAAUUGCAACCAUUUGUCACCACUGAAACUGUCGGUGCAAUCAUAGGAAGACAUUUAUCCAAUGCAUUUGGAAUCUGGUGUCCUGACGAAGGAAUUGACGAGUUCUUUGGCUUUGCUGUAUAUCCUCUGGCAUCAUUCUUCAACCAUAGUUGUAUACCUAAUUUGAAAAGGGUCCGAACUCAGAGAGAAGUAUACUUCAUUACCACUAAGGAAAUAUUCAAUCCCGAUGAAGAACUAUGCAUCAACUAUGGUAAUUCCAUUGAAGAAAACGUUCAAACAAGACAACUACUGCUUCGUGAGUGGUUCUUUGAAUGUGGGUGUCCUCGUUGCACAACUGAACAAACUGAAGAGUGCACCUAA